ACUAAGCAUUAAUUAUGGCAAGUUUUGAUUGGCCACUAGAAUCAUGCCCAUCUGGAUAUAUAGGCACCCGUCCUAAAGGUGCUAGAGAUAGAGCUUGGAGGUAUGCCUAUGAGGGACCGAAACCUGGGACAGUUAUUUGCAUAAAGUGUGAAAAAAUAGUUCAUGGAGGCAUCAACCGCCUCAAAUGCCACCUUGUAGGCAUAGACAGGCAUGAUGCUAGAGAAUGCAUAGGGACCACUCCUGAAAUAAAAAGAGAAAUGAAUGCCCUACUUUCAGCUGGGGAAGAGAAGAAAUUGCAAAGGGAGAGGGCAAAGCUAGCCAUGAGAUCAGCCAUAGCUGAAUAUCAAGGUGUUUCUAUUGAUUUUGAAGAAGAACAAGAAGCACUUGAGGGCAUAGUGGGCUCUCGGCGUGGCCCGCGUAUCCGCAAACCCACCACCACCUCGCCCAUUGCUUCUGCUUCCUCUAGUAGAGUACCUAGCACUAGCAGUGGCAUUGUUGCAUCACGAUCAGGGUCCAUAGGUGAUUAUUUUGUGCCCAGGAACACAUCUGGAGCACAACCAUCAUUAGAGGCCACUAGAUGGAAUAGGGAGGCACAUGAAAAAGCCGACAUUGCAUGUGAUGAUUUUUGGUACUUCAACAACAUUUCAUUCAAUGUGGCAAAUAAUCCUUUUUGGCUGAAUUUGGUGACCGCAAUGACAGUUGCAAUAAAAGGGGUACAAGGUCCCUUCUCGCAAGGAUUUGAGUGGGAGGUUGCUCACAAAUGCAGUUGCUAGGGCAAAAGAAGUGGUGGAGGAACAAAAAAUUGAAUGGGUAAAAUAUGGCUGCACCAUUCUUUCUGAUGGGUGGACAGAUGGCAAGAACCGCACCAUCAUUAAUUUUCUGGUUGCUUGCAAGGAAAAUGUAGUGUUCUUGAAAUCGGUUGAUGCCUCUAGCAAGGUGAAAAAUGCAGAAACAUUGGCUAGAAUGUUGGAGCAUGUUGUCAUGGAGGUGGCAGUAGAGAAUGUGGUGCAAAUCAUCACAAAUAAUGCAGCAGCAUAUGUG